UUGUGGCGUGCUUUCCUGCCAUUGCAGAUGUUUCGGUUGAGUUACUCAUAAUAUCUCAGGUGAUAAGAGGGUUUUUAGCAGGGGUAAUGGUUGCAUUCAACUUCAACUACCUUGCAAAAUUCAGUGUUGGCGAUGAAAACAAAACAAUAAUUCCUGCGACCGGAGUUAUAGCAAAUGUUGGCAGCGGCACAGGAGGGUUAUUAGCUGCUCUGAUAAUCGAAAGUUUCAACUGGCGAUAUUAUUUCUACUUUAUGAGCGCUAUAUACAUGUUAGGGCUCGUGUCUCACCUUCUUUUCGUGCAAGAAUCUCUUGAAAAGUCUUGGUACUUGACAGACGAUGAAAAGGAAAUAAUCAUAAAAUCAAACGACUCCAAAGCUGAACAAACUGCAUCAGACCAAGCACCUGACACACUAAAAUCAGGGAUAUGCCGUCUCUACCUACUAGCCUUCUGUAUCCACAACUUUGGGUACGCUUUAAUCUGGUACAAUACCCUCAAUGUUAUACCAUUCUACCUGAAUAAAGUCCUGGGAGCAUCACCUCUUCUCAUCGCAUCAUUGAACACAGCUCUAUGCAUUUUGAUCGCUGUUUGCACUAUUGUAUUCUCAGUGUUGUAUCAGAAACUAGAUAAGAUCAUGUCCUGGGUUGAGUGUAGAAUGAUUCUAACCGUUCUCCCCAUGGUAUGUCAGAUUAUAUUUGCCAUCGGAAUGUCAUACAGUAACACGACCACGGGUGGUGUGAUUAUUUUGUCAUUUUGUGCGAUUGCAUCCUCGACGUAUUUUUCCGGCGGCUUGGUAACCCUAAAUUACGAACUAGAUCCUGAUAACUCUGCUCUAAAAUGCUCGAUAUUCAAUAGUUUUGGUCAGAUGGCGGGGUUUGUAGGACCCUUGUUGAUGGCGGCUAUUACCAACACUCCCCCUGAUACACCAAACUAUACGGAGGUCUACAAACAAAAGUGGUCGUUCUUUUUCUUCGUGGUAGCUGGGAUUGCAGCUGUUUCAUCCCUGGUCAUUGUGCUUGCUUACUUCCUGAAGAGAGACGAGUGGGUUCCUUUCAAGGAUAGAAAGUAUACCACAGAGGUAUGCAGUGCACCUCCUGAGGUAGGAGGAGAGUGAGAUAGGAAGAGCGUGAGGUAGGAGGAGAGUGAGGUAGAAGGAGAGUGAGGUAAGAGGAGAGUGAGGUAGGAGGAGAGUGAGGUAGGAGGAGA